AUGAUAUCCGGUUCGACUGACAGUAAAAAACUAGCUAGCAAAGGUGUGCAUAUAUGGGAUGCUAAUGGUUCCAGAGCUUUUCUUGAUAAUUUGGGGUUCAAAGAUAGAGAAGAAGGUGAUCUUGGUCCUAUUUAUGGUUUUCAAUGGAGACACAGUGGUGCCAAAUAUAUAGACGCCAAGACUGAUUACACUGGACAAGGAAUAGAUCAGCUCCAAAAUGUCAUUGACACUAUCAAGAAAAACCCUGGUGAUAGACGUAUAAUAAUGUGUGCAUGGAAUCCUGCUGACCUGAGUUUAAUGGCACUCCCACCUUGUCACUGCCUCGCACAGUUCUAUGUAUCUAACGGAAAGCUGAGUUGUCUCUUGUAUCAAAGAAGUGCAGAUAUGGGUCUUGGUGUUCCAUUCAAUAUUGCCAGUUAUUCAUUGUUAACACAUAUGAUUGCGCAUAUCACAAAUUUGGAGGCUGGUGAGUUUGUUCAUACAACAGGAGAUACCCAUGUAUAUCUAAACCACAUAGAACCAUUAAAGAAACAACUUGAAAGAGAACCAAGACCUUUCCCAACUCUAGAGUUUAAUCGCAAAAUUGAUUCAAUCGAUGACUUUAAAUAUGAGGACUUUGUCAUUAAGAAUUAUAACCCUUAUCCUAAGAUUGACAUGGAAAUGGCAAUAUAG